CAUUGCCCAUAGCGGUCCGCUUGGUCCACUCCUGACGCAAUGGCGCUCUGGCGCUGCGCGUCGAAACCCACGGAUCUGGAAGAGCUUUCUCGCAAAAUGCGACAAGGGAGGACGCAAAGCACUGAGGUGGCAAACUUCAGAUCCGCCAUUCCCAUGACCUUUCCAAACUACACCGUGCCAUUGAAGGUAUUGCUUUCCAUGGAAAAGAUGAGGCCACAUGAAGAGCUGAUGGAAGAAGAUUUGCUGGUGGAAUUUGAUUCCAGCAUGGGGAAGGCAGCUUUCAUCUCGCACCAAUGGAUCUCAGCUACAAACCCAGACCCCGAGUUUGCCCAGAUGAAGACCUUCCAAGAUGCCUUGAAGAACAUGCUGUCCAAGGGGAAGUGGAUCUACCCGGACAUCGCUACAGAGUACAAUACAAGGGGCAGAAGUCUACACCUUUCAGAGCUUCGGACUAAGCCAUUGUUCUUUUGGUACGACUAUUUCUCGAUCCCACAACUCCUUGACAGCAAGUGGUUUGUCAAUAGUCUCCAGAUGUGCUCUCAAGACAGGGCCAUCCAGAGCAUUCCUGCAUACAUCGAUCGAUGUGAGUUGUUUUUUGUUCUUUGCCCUAUGGUGGAGUCGGAGGAUCGCACCGAACUCCUGGGGCCAUCGACGUGGGAAAGUCGCGGAUGGUGUCGAAUGGAAAGACAACUUCGAGAGCUUCUACCAGCAAAGGCCUACGUAGUUGUGAGGAUCCAUGUGAACUAUGAGGUCGUUGCAAGCCCAAUCACUUCCUUCGGUGGCAUGCCUGGGGAAGGCAGUUUCGGAUUCAGUGAGGAUCGGAAGAAACUCGGGGUGGUGCUCCGACAAUUCUUGGAACGGCUCAUUGAGAGGCAGCUACGUGAAGGGGACCUUGAAGGUUAUCGAAUGUAUUUGAACCUUCAAGACUGGUACCUUCGGGGCUUUCCGCGUUAUGAAUCGAUUUCCUUUCUAUCUGCAGGGGAUGAUGUCUCCGAUCCAUGCGAGCGAUUUCUCUAUGAGAAUGGCUUCAAUCAUAUCAAUGAGGUCGACCGUGCAGGAUGGUCGCCCUUUUGUUAUGCAACCAUGCGAGGAGAUCCUGCAUUGGUGCGAAGCUUCCUGGAACGUCGUGCCAACCCCAAUGAUACCACCAAGAAGACGCACAAUCGGAUAGGCAUAAUGGCAGGGCAAUGCGUUUUAAGCAUUUGCACCUGGUGGCACCACAAUGAAGCUGCGCAGCUGCUCCUCGAUGCCAAAGCAGAUUUCAGCAUUGGCGUCAUCCCCUCCAUGCAACUUGCGGCGCACAAAGACAAUGUCGAAGGCAUUCGUCUUCUCUGUCGCGCAGGCGAUGAGCCUCAUCGGCCCAGCCGGCUUCCCGCCCUUUGGUUGGCCAGCGCCUUGAAUUCUGUGGCGGCAGUGAAGGAACUGUUCGUCCAGUCCAAUGGCAAGCUGAGCCUGUCAGGAGCAUUACACGCUGCAAUGAUUCAUCGCGGAGGCACUUGCGAGAUGGUGGCCCAAUUGCUUGAGCUGAGAGCUGACGUGAAUGAACCCUACCGGGUGCCUUCCAACAGCUUUGUCGGAUUGCUGUACCUUUCGCAGAGCUUUCAAUACAGAUUGGGUGCACAGAGGACAGGGGCGCGCCUGGGAUAUCACAGUUUUGAUGCCACACCCCUUAUGGUUGCCGUGAUCACUGGGCAGUACGAGGGUGCCAUGGCCUUGCUCACGGCAAAGGCAAGGGUGGAUUUGCGGAAUACGCGAAAGAAGACGGCCUUAGAUUUGGCCUUGGAGUUGGAUGCGCCAUCUUUUCUGAUCGAAGCAUUGGAGGGUGAAACUGCUGUGUGCUGCAGAAUGGUAUUGUCUGCCAUGAACAACAGAUACCCAGUGGCCAAAACAUUGUGAUACCAUGUGACUUGCGUGCAGGUAGGCAUGGUAUGGCAUUUGCCUUUGGAAAUUCAAAACCAAUGGCAAAUGUGGCAAGUAUUCAAGAAUGCGGGCUUACAAAAAAGGAUAUGGUCUCGCCAUUAUUUGAUUUACAAUUUCUUGGUGGUACAACGGGGAUUGUUUAGUUAGCUCAACGCGCGCAACAGCCAACGCUUGGGUAAUUCGGUUUCCGCUCCACGUCAUGUUCUCAUUGUUCCCGCCCAAGCUGAGGAGUCCGAGAGCCUUUUGACUCUUGACAUCUUUGUCAUCUAAAACUGACUAGCCGUUUCACAGAGUGAUCAGAGUGCAAAGCCUGAGGGUUGGAGUUACUGUAGUAAUUGGCAAUGAAAGAUGAUGAAAGAAGCGCCUCAGGCGUCCCUCAGAUUGCUAUUUCUGCUGCUGCUGCUAUUUCUUUCAGUUCCGAAAAGCUCUUGAAGGAUGAGUUGUUGCAUCAUGUUGCACUUUGUGCGCACUUGUUUUCAUUGUCGUACUUGUUUUGCAGCCAGCGUUUUCAAUGUUACACAUUGGAGCUUUGCAUGCCGGAGCAUGUGCUUGUUGAAAGGGGUUGUGCGCUUGACAAGCUU